AGCGCAGGUGCGGGCUUCAGAUGAUGUUCUGUUCGUACAUGUCUAUUCCUGCUCCGGUGAAUGGUUCAGUUUUGUGUUUGUUAUCAAUAAUUCGGUGGGCGUUCAGUUCUAGUUUUAUGUGCAAGAUUUACUUGAACAGUGCUAAAUUAUUUGUUGGUUGCCCAAAUCUUUGAUGUUCUACGGUUGUUGAUAUGAUCAAAUCGUCAUGAAUUCGCCAAAGCUGGGUGAAAAGUGCAGAAAUCAAUGCAAGCGGUCUAAACACCCCGGCCAACCCUCGAUAGAUCUGAGUGAUGGGGAAGCGGAACUAUCUCCGGUGAACUAUAGACUCCUGUACGAGCCACGCUUACAGCAUGCGAACGGCUGCUUUUCAAGUGCCUUCUGCUUGCGGAGGGAUAAGAUAUCUCCGUAUACAUGUCUCUCAUCUUCGGUCUCAGUCUCCUCCUCAUCAUCGCAGAUACUGGAGCGGGUGAAAUCGGACAGAGUGGCGGUCACCAAGCCAGAAGAAGAUCGCAGGCGGCGAACCAUCAUCGUCGAAAAGAAAAAUGGAUCCUAUGGAUUCACACUACAGAGCUAUGGAAUACAUUAUAAGAAGGAGCAAGAGAUCGAGAUGAUCACCUACGUAGAUUAUGUGGAUUACGAUGGACCUGCUUACCGCGCUGGCAUGAGGGAAGGUGAUGUGAUAUUAUCAAUAAAUGGCCAUGAUAUGGAGAAGACGGAUCAUAAAACUCUAGUCAAUUUUAUAAAAAACUGUGAUUCUAGGAUGCGAAUGGUGGUUCUAUUUGAAGAUUGCGUCAGAAAGGUAGAACUUCACAUGCGUUACAUUCAGCUACAAAGGGUUUUACAAAGCAAGAUGGUUGAACUGGAGAGGCUGUGUCUGAGAGAGAGAGAACUACUGCAAGGAAAAUGGAAAACGCACAGUUUGCCCGCUAGGAAAAAGGCAUCUAACUCUAGGACAACUGAUGUCAGCACGCCCACACACCCUGAAAAUGGUGACAUCAGCUACUGUCGACCGACUGUCUCAACCGAAGAUGUCGCCAAGGCACCUCCCCAAUUCCUUCUCUACCCACCCUACCAGUACCUGGAUCCCCACAGCAGGGCCUAUCUGCUGCAAACAGCUGGAACACCAAAUAGUUCUGGAGAAUACCUAGUCAGCUGGCAAAGCAACUAUUCCUCAGGCAGUGAACAUGUUCGAACAAGUAGAGAGAGCUCUCGUCAGAGGGCGCCACCCACACAGUAUGCAGAGAGCCGGCGAACAAGCAGCAGUGGGCUGCCUACUGAAAUGACCCGUGGCUACCAUCAAACCAAUGGAAUAUCACACAAAAACAAAGGAAAGAGCAGUGGCCACCAUUGCAACCCGUGCGUGCAGACAAGCCCGGCCGACAACACGAGCCUGGAGGCGUACGACCUGGCGUCGCCCUGCUGUCACUCGCACUGCGUUCCGACGUCGCGGCGUCGCUCCCGCAGCCGCCACCAACACAAGGCGAAACGCGGCAGCAGCGACGCCGCUGCGGCAAACGCAACCGCAAGAGAAAACGGCGGUGGCGGGGGCGAAUGGAAGAACGGCAAAUGCUGCAGCCGCGCGGUCCAGGUGACGUCACAGGGAUCUGCGUGCGCAUCGCCGGGGGGAGCGGGUGGUGGGGGGCAUCGAGUCAACGGAGGUCGCUACCUGAGCCUGGUUAGCCAGUGCAGUCUGCACUCGUGCACCUCCAGUGAGUUCAACUGUGGCGGGGCGGGUGGGGGCACAGUCAUCACCAACGGCACAUCUACCAACGAUGCUGCUACCACUGCAGGUGGAGAAAGCAGUGCUGCUUCGUACACCACAUCCCUCAGCACGGACACCCUGUACUGGGACCAGGGCCCUGACGGCAACGGCCAAGCCUCCAGGCAACACUCGGUCAAAUCCAACUCAUCGCAGCGUGGCCCCGUCAAGCCCAAGUCCUGGGACAACCUCACCACUAAGGCGUUCGGAGGCUACGGCUUCGGCUAUGGCUACUUCGACCGUGACGUCAAGUCCCAACACACGGGCACCUCCUCAACCCGCAGCGCCAGUUGUACCACCACCACCACAACCCAACAGCACAACCGCACUGCUUCUCAGUACCAACCCGCAGUGCAGCCAACCAAAUCGACUGAAUCGCUUCUGCUGCCCAAAUAUCCCCCGGACUCGAGUCUCAGCUGCGAGUGUUUGGACGCUUCGGCCGCCGAAAAGUCGCCGCGCUUUUUCAGUGUGACGAUGACUAAUGGUGACUAUUUCUACCAGAACGACAAGGCUAGUCAGACGGAGAGCAGGCGCAUUGUCAAUGUGCAGCAAGCGCCCGAAGUCACGCGCCUGUGAUGCGUCUAUCGCAUUAUUAGUUGGAUAGAAUUUGUUUAGAAACGCAGUACUGUUGACAAAAUCAAAAAACCUUAAUAAUUAUUAAACCUUGAAUUAUUCAAGGAAAAUAUUCGUUUUUGAUUAGAAGAGUCUAUUGAUUGAUUUCUAUUGACAACACCAUUUAAUAAUUUAUUAAAUAUUAUUUGAAUAAAUUUCAAGUUUAUAACGUUCUUUAUUAUUAAUAUUUGAAUACUGUUGGAAAAAAGUUUAUUAUAUUAUACUACAUCAAAUCUGAGUACUUGGUUGGUACAUUUAUCUGCAUGCGCUGAGCAUGUCAUCUUUUCAGGCUAUAUUGAACCAGUUUAUACCACUUUUAAAGAUCUGUUCUAUGUUGGAAUUAACCACACCAUUGAGUGAGUAGUAAAUCAUGUCGUAUUUUCAAUACUAAUAACUACAUUGUUUUGCAAAUUCAAUUGCAUCUAUAAAAUCACGCAGAUGUUUAUUUUUGUAUUUGGCCUUCUUACAGUUUUUCUCAUAAAUGAUAGUCCUAUUUAUUUAUUAAUUUCUUUUCACAAUACAAAUAUUACACCGAUGUAAUAACAAGUAGAUGAAAUAAUAAGGCAACUCUUGUGAUUUUUUACUUCAAUUAGCCUAAGUUACAUAUCCAAGUUGAAUGCAAUUAUUUUGCACUAGAUAAUUGAAACUUCUGAGAUGCCAUAGCAGAGAAUCGAAUACUGGAAGUAGACUUGAGAUUAUUAACAAACAAUAGUACAAAAACUUUCAUGUUAACAAACUUUAAGGACCAUAUUUAUAAACUAUUAAUUCUUGAAACUCUCUUAGCGAAGCACGUUUUGGUGAACCAGAACUAUUCUAAAAACUGAUUUUACUAUUCCUUUGGGAUUCUGUUAUUGUUUACUUGUAAGUCCUUAGGAAUUUGAGGCAUGUAAGCUAUUAUCAAGGAGGUUUUUUGUACUAUUGCUUGUUGAUAAAUCAAGUCGACCUCUAAUAUUUUUUAUAAUAAUUAGAAUAAAAAUUCCAUUUUAGUGUUGCUAUGGUUCAACAAGAAAAGAGUUAACAGAUAGAAGUCACGAUUUGGUUUCUAUAAAUUUAUCGUUCUAAUAUUAAGUGAUGACUGGAAAAUGAUAAGACUAUAAGAAUAUGAUUAUAAUAAUUUCGGCAACAGUACUGUGACGAAGACAAUACACUUUGUUUAGUAUUAUGAUCAUUGACCAAAUGAGAACAUUCUAUACUCUAGUCAAAAAUAUUACCUUGAAAAUAUAUCCAAAAAUAAUCAAUUUCUAUUCAAGCUGUUUUUGGAUUGGCCACAAUUUAUUGUUGUUUCAAUAAACGUUUCUUAAUCAUUCCAAAUAAUUAUUCUAGUUAUAGCAAUUUUUAAAAAGAAUAAACAUGAUUAGAACAGAA